AGUCUUUGUUUUCUAAAGCAAGUGAUCUUAAUAUGGGAAGCCUUAGGGUGUUGAGGCAUUGGCCUCAACUUAUGUACGCUUUUGUUUUAUUAGCCACCAUCGUUGUAGCCGAUAAGCCUUAUGGGUAUAACUCUCCACAGUCUAAAGGGUGGAAAUUGCCACCGCUGAAGCAUACUUUGCCAAAGUCAAAAUAUGUUUACAAGUCUCCACCACCACCGGUAAAACACACAUGGUCACAUCUACCCUAUCUUCACAAGUCUCCUCCACCAUCUUAUAUUUACAAGUCUCCACCUCCUCUAUACGUUUAUAAGUCUCCACCCCCACCUUCGCCUUCCCCACCUCCUCCGUACGUCUACAAGUCUCCACCCCCACCGUCGCCUUCCCCACCUCCUCCGUACGUCUACAAGUCUCCACCACCACCGUCGCCAUCCCCACCACCUCUAUACGUUUACAAGUCUCCAUCACCACCCUCACCUUCCCCACCGCCUCCAUAUGCUUACAACAAGUCUCCACCCCAACCGUCGCCUUCCCCACCUCCUCCAUACAUCUACAAGUCUCCACCACCACCGUCGCCUUCCCCACCACCUCCAUACGUUUACAAGUCUCCACCACCACCAUCACCAUCCCCACCACCUCCAUACGUAUACAAAUCUCCACCCCCACCCCCACCAUCACCAUCCCCACCACCUCCAUACGUAUACAAAUCUCCACCCCCACCAUCACCAUCCCCACCACCUCCAUACGUUUACAAGUCUCCACCACCACCCUCACCUUCCCCACCGCCUCCAUACGCUUACAAGUCUCCGCCUCCUCCAUCACCAUCUCCACCACCCCCUUAUGUCUACAAGUCUCCACCUCCUCCGUCACCAUCUCCACCCCCUCCAUAUGUGUAUAAGUCUCCACCACCUCCAUCACCAUCUCCACCACCCCCGUAUGUGUACAAGUCUCCACCUCUUCCGUCACCAUCUCCACCCCCUCCAUAUGUGUAUAAGUCUCCACCACCUCCAUCGCCUUCCCCACCACCCCCGUAUGUGUACAAAUCUCCACCCUCACCAUCACCUUCCCCACCACCUCCAUACGUUUACAAAUCUCCACCACCCCCUUAUAUUUACAAGUCUCCACCCCCUCCAUCACCAUCUCCACCAGCUCCAUAUAUGUAUAAAUCUCCUCCCCCACCAUCUCCAUCCACACCACGUCCGUAUGUGUACAAGUCUCCUCACAUGCCAUCUCCAUCUCUUCCACACCAUCCAUAUUACUACAAAUCACCACCUCCACCAUCAAAGUCACCCCCUCCUCCAGCUUACUACUACAAGUCGCCACCACCACCAAGACAUUAUUAAAGCAUUAAGGUAUUCAAACAAUAAGAUUGAAGCACAGUUCAGUUGGCGUUACCAUCAAAAUGUUUGUAUUCAAUUCAACGUUUUUUUUUCUUCUGCCAUUACUUCUUAAUCAAUUGUAUUUUUGUGAGUUAACACAGUCUCAACAUGUAAUGACAUUUAUCAACUUUUGUAUUUGUAAUCUUUGUGUAUUAUUCUUUUUUAUCUAUCAAUAAAAACAAAUAAUUGGUAAUUA